AUAAGGGGCGUGGUGUGUUGCUUGUCAUGACAAGACCUUUAAUGUUUUCAUGUCGAAUUCUUGCAAUGAAUUUGUCGGUAGAAUUCGUAACGAACAACACUUUCACCAAUGGUACAUUUGAAGACGAUCAAACGAACUCGUCUAAAUACAUCAUACCUUUAGCCAUUGCGUUACCCAUAGUUGUGUUUAUCAUUGCCAUGUUGGUACUAGUAUAUUGCGUGACACAGAAGAAACAAAGAAGCGUCACGCUGACCAUGAGAAGAGCGCGACGAAUGAGACGCAUGGACGCCUUGCAUAUCAAUGUUGAAUAUUCCGACUCAGAGACAAACAAACCUCGAGGCUACACAAAUCUUUGCCUGGAUGUGUCUCCCGAUGACAGCACUAACAAGGACUUAAAUUCAGAUACAGAGGGACAGACAGAAACGUGUGACCAUGACAACGAUGACGUAAGCAUUAACCACGAGAGUAAUCACGACGACGACGAAAGCAACGAAUCUCGUUUGGUAAAAGACCACGUGGACAAUGACGUAAAUAACUGUGAAGAACACAUGCGCAAUAAGCCUAUUGUGGAUGAAAAUGGCAUUGAUGAAUAUGAUAAAAGUGAUGAAUAUUGUGAACACAUUGGUGAUCACGUGAUACAGUAUAACGAUUUCAAACCUCAGCCUCCCACUCGGUUCGACUUCGACACAGAAAGUACAACUUCGACGGACAACUGGGCUGUAGUGUGCGCUAGCGAAACGGAUUUCCUAACAGACAAUAUUAACGCAGGCAAUACUUCAAAGGGUGGAGACCACAGUCCGACCGAGCUUGCGACAUCAAAAAGAAUUAUUGACAAGGAAGAUCCACUGUCAGACGAUAAUGAUGAACAGGCAGUUAAUCCGGAAUCCGUUGGUUGAUGUUUAGAUCCCAAAUU